AUGAAGACCGCGUCUUUCAUCACCGCCCUCCUGGCCGGCGUCGCCGUUGCCCACCCCGGCAUGAACAUGGAGCAGAUCAGGGAGGAGGCCCGCCUCCAGAACCGCCAGUCCGGCGGCGGCGGCGGUUCCACCGAACUGAUUGGAGACCUCGCUACUCUUCCCGAUGCUAAGCUCACCAAGACGGGCCGCGAGAUCAAGGCCAUCUUGACCCUCCAGUCCAGCGGCCAGGACCAGGCUUCCACCUACGAGGCCCCCGGCAAGAAGAACUCGGCCGAGUGCAAGGCAGACAAGUGCUGCAUCUGGAAGUUCAUCGCAGACGACAUGGUCAAGCAGAUGGUCGGCAACGCAGGCCGCUGCAACAGCGUCGCCCGCGCCUCCGUCCGUCUCGGCUUCCACGACGCCUCCUCCUGGUCCAAGACCUCGGGUGGUACCGGCGCCGACGGCUCCAUCAUUCUCGCCAACGAGUGCCACACUCGCGACGACAACAAGGGCCUCGAGGAGAUCUGCGACACCAUGCAGGGCUGGUUCGACAAGUACAAGAAGUACGGCGUCUCCAUGGCCGACAUGAUCCAGUUCGCCGCCAACGUCGCCACUGUCGCCUGCCCCCUCGGCCCUCGCGUCCGCACCUUCGUCGGCCGCAAGGACACCACCAAGGCCUCCCCGCCAAACCUGCUGCCUUCCCCCUUCCAGAAGUCCGACGCCCUGUUCAAGAUGUUCGCCCAGAAGUCCUUCACCCCCGACGGCCUCGUCGCCCUGCUCGGCGCGCACACCACCUCCCAGCAGCGCUUCGUCGAUCCUAGCAGAGCCGGCGCCCCGCAGGACACCACCCCCGGCGUCUGGGACGUCGCCUUCUACGGCCAGACCCUGAACCCCAGGACCCCGCCCGCCGUCUUCAAGAUUCCCUCCGACGUCAGCAUCUCCCAGGACCCCAAGGUCAUCGACACCUGGAAGGCGUUUGGCGCCGGCCGUCGUGGUCAAAUGGCAUGGAACCAGGCCUACUCCUCCGAAUACGUCCGCAUGUCCCUCCUCGGCGUUCCCAACAUGAACGAUCUCACCGAGUGCACCAAGGUCCUGCCCCCCUUCAAGGGCGCCGACUUCCAGAUGCCCGACCAGUCCGAGCUUGACAAGUUCAUGAACGGCAUCCUCAAGUCGCCCCAGGCCGUCCAGGCGCUCGACGCCGGCAACAUCAUCCCUCCCACCGCCCAAUAG